AUGGAGCUGAGCCCUGACCCUGGCCCUGGGCCCACUGGCCAUCUCUUCUUCUUCCUGUGCCUCAAGACCCCAGCUAGCCAGGCUGCCGACACCUGCCCAGAGGUGAAGCUGCUGGGUCUGGAGGGCUCCGACAAGCUCUCCAUUCUCCGGGGCUGCCCGGGGCUGCCCGGGGCCACAGGGCCCAAGGGAGAGGCGGGCACCGCAGGAGGGAGAGGAGAACGAGGUCCCUCCGGAGUCCCUGGGAAGGCAGGACCGCCAGGGCCCAAAGGAGACCGAGGAGAGAAGGGCGCGCGUGGAGAGAAAGGAGAAUCUUGGGAGCCUGAGCAAUGUCACACAGGACCUCGGACCUGCAAGGAACUACUCACGAGGGGACACUUUCUGAGCGGCUGGCACACCAUCUACCUGCCUGACUGCCGGCCCCUGACUGUGCUGUGUGACAUGGACACGGAAGGCGGGGGCUGGACCGUGUUCCAGAGACGGAGUGACAGCUCCGUGGACUUCUAUCGGGACUGGGCCGAGUAUAAGCAGGGCUUUGGCAGUCAGCUGGGAGAGUUCUGGCUGGGGAACGACAACAUCCAUGCCCUGACCGCCCAGGGCACCAGCGAGCUCCGUGUAGACCUCGUGGACUUUGAGGGAAAUCGGCAAUUUGCCAAAUUCACGUCAUUCAAGAUGGCAGGCGAGGCAGAGAAGUACAAGCUGGUCCUGGGAGCCUUUGUGGAGGGCAGUGCUGGCAAUUCCCUGACGUCCCACAACAACACUGCUUUCUCCACCAAAGACCAAGAUAACGACAGAGUUGCUAAAAACUGCCGGCAGUAUCAGGGAGCCUGGUGGUAUUACGACUGUCACGGGUCCAACUUCAACGGGUGCUACCUCGGGGGGUCCCACGAGAGCUUUGCAAAUGGCAUCAACUGGAAGUCGGGGAAAGGGUACAACUACAGUUACAAGGUGUCAGAGAUGCAGGUGCGGCCCACCUAG